AAAUCAUAACACUAUAUUUAUCAUGAACAGACUUGCGAGAAGCGUCUGCUAGCUAAAACAUAAUUUACAAAAAUUUAAACCGGGAAGGUGAGGCCCCAUUACCCGACGGAAUUCUGAUAACUCGAUCCUGCGACCGUCGCACUCUUAAAUCUGUUGGCCUUUGAGCAAAAACCAAGUCAAUAUGAGACAAACUGCAGACCCGCGAUAAGUGCCGCAGCGCGAGUAGAACAGGACGGCAGUACUGUGUCAUUGUACAUUUGUACCAGCUCUCGCACAAACGACGGACGGCGACAAUGGGUCCAGACGGACGCGUCGGAUCUUGUAGACCAGCCACCCAGCAGUGAUAACGGCGCCGAACCGUCGGCGGUAGCGUUCAAGACUCGCAAGUCCCGACUGCCGAUUACAUUCAGCGUCUGCAGCCGAGCCGGUGAUCCUUUAUUAUGUCGUGUUCUAAAAUUACCGAAAAAGCAGAUGAAGAACCAGAAGAUGAAGAAGCUGAUGAUACUUUAAUAGUAAUUGUUAAGCCUGAUGGUACAGUUUCUAUCGAUCAAGAAACAUUCAAUAGAGUUAUGGAGAGCAAAAAAGAAACCAUGAAUAUUAUUCACUUUGAGAACAGCAGUAAUAAAGGCAUAACUGUAAAUCCAGAAAAUGGAGAGCAAGAAAUCAACUUGACUGUGCAAGGUUUUUAUCCAUCUAUUUCUACCAAAACAUUCUUACCCCAAGCCAAUGAAAAUAGUGAUAUAACAACAAAUAAUAUUUAUUUGGAUCAUUGCUAUUACAAGGAUUGCCCGCCAAACAUCCCGGAGACCAACAUUUGUUCCCCUAGAAUUACACUCUCUACUGGAAUACAGCAUAUUACUAAUGAAUUGAAAAAAUCAAAUAUUGUAAACGAAAUUGAAGAGAUUGAAGAGAUUACCGUUUCAGUGGAUGAUGAUAUUAAAUCAGGCAUACCAUCAAUAACUGUAUCCAAUAAUACUCCAGAAAGUAAUUUACCCAACAACAAAAGGAUGCUAAAUUUAAGAGUUGGAAAAAAUGAAAAACAAAGAAGUAAGGCUCCUAUAUCUUUAAGAAAUACAAUGACUAAAAAGAAACCUGAUGAGAUACAAAGUAAUCAAUCCGGGGAUAAAGCAAGAGCUACGAAAACAGUUAAACGCCUGUUACCAAUGAAGACCCAUCAAGUUCGUCCAUCAGUUCAAAAUAAAAAUAAUCGACAAAAAAAAUCUGAUGUUAUUGUAGAUAAAGUCUUACUUCAAGCUAAUGAAUUGAUUCGUCAGUCAAGUAUUGAACCAAAAAAAUACAUACAAAAUCAGUUGAUGUUCAAAAAGAAUAAAGAUAAAAUUGGAAUUAUUGAUAAUUCUCUAGAUUCUUUAUCAUCUCCACAAAAAUUUGUCACACAAUUAUUAGAUGUACCUGAAUUAUUUUCUGCCCCAGAUAUUAUUCUAGAUGAUAACAAAACAUCUAUUCAAACGGCAAAUAUAGAAUUGGAUUCUAAAAUUGAUGUUGUUGAUAAAAUUGAUGAUAUGACAACUAUAGAUAACUUUGUUUCUAACACAACAAAAGAUAUAGAACAAGUUAUUAUAAAUAAAGAAGAAACUGGGAGAGUGCGAAAAGUCUCAAAUCGAAUGAAGGAUAAUCCAGUUGAAAUUACUGUAACUAAAACAGUAGAAGACAUAUUAAAUGAUAUUAGUUCCAAAAUAGCCAAUCAAACCGAAAUUAUUGAUGAGGAAAAUUUGAUUGAUGAACUAGCUGAUCUCAAUGAAGACCUUAACUCUUCAAAUUUUGUUGCCCCAUCUAACUCCAGUCAUGAUUUGAUGAACAGGCUAUUAUCUGAUGAUAGUCUCAGUCAUAGUGAGAAAAAUGACUCAAUAACAUCAGUAACUGAUGACAAACCUAAAGGUUCUACUAUAGUGGUUUAUGGAAAAUCUGGUAGAGUAGUGACACUGCCUCCAAUAGAGAUUCCUAAAACUCGGUCAUUAGUAAAAAAAGAAAAUCUCGAUGCUAGUAUAAAAGAGCAAGGUAGACAAAGACGUUCAUCAGAAAAUUCAAAAAGCAUAAAUGACUAUAGUGAAGAAUCAGAUACUGAUAGAGAAGGAAAUAUGACUUCAGAGGAUGAUCCAAAUAGACUGUGGUGUGUUUGUAGAAAACCUCAUAAUAACAGAUUUAUGAUAUGCUGUGAUACGUGUGAAGAUUGGUUCCAUGGAAAAUGUGUGGGUAUCACAAAAGCCUUGGGUGAACAAAUGGAAGCACGUGGUGUUGAAUGGAAUUGUCCACCAUGUAAAAAAAAGAGGACAGAAGAUGCGCGUAAAAAAUCUGAAGAAGAAAAGGCCAAGAAAUUGGAAGAAGAAAAGAAAAAAAUAUCAAGUUUAAAAUCACCUAUUAAAAACAGUGAAACUAAAGUCAUUAAAACUCAACCUCAAUUGCAACAAAAAUGUGCUCAAUGUGAUAAAACUAUUGACAAUGUUGCAGUAGGCUUAUUUUGUAAAGAAAUAUGUUUGGAAAAACAUAUUGAAGAAAGUGUAGCUGCUAUAAAAGCAUGUUGUACGUCAGAUUCACCGGAUAUUAUUUUAUUUGACAAAAAAAACAGCAGAUUAGUCACGGGUGAUCAAGCUCCAAAACUUGCAAAUUUAAAACAAUGGAUGAAAGAAAAUCCAGCAUUCCAAAUUUUAAAACCUUCUGGGCCUAAAACUAAUCUGAACAAACUACCAUCUUCAAAACCUCAAACUAAUUCCAAGUCGACUCCAAAUGCAUUUAAAUGUCUUAAAAAAGAAAACGAAAAUCGCCUUAAAAGACCAGCCGUUAGUCCAGAUAAACACAAGGCAAAAGAAAUUAAAAAAGAAUUUGAUGUGUCAGAAUUAUUGCAACCAGAUAAAAUCAAACUGGUAUUUGUUAAAAAAGAUUCACCAAAAUCAAUAUUACCUAAAAAAGAACCUAUUAAACAAACUACUCCUCAAAAAGAACCUAAUAAACAUACUACUCCUCAAAAAGAACCUAAUAAACCAAUUAAUCAAAAAGAACCUAUUAAACAUACUAUUUCUCAAAAAGAACCUAUUAAACAUGCUAUUCCUCCAAAGGAGUCGUCCAAAUCUAUACAACCAGUAACACAGAUAAAAACCACAUCCCUUUCAAAAAUAAAUGCUGUGCAAAAAGUUAUUAAGAAAAAACCUGAACCGAUUAAAAAAAUUGAACCAAUAAAAGAAAUUUUCAAUGAGAAAAAGGGUGAAGAACAAUUGCGUUCCAAUGUGCGUAAAUCUCUAUUGGAAUCAUUAAGUAGUAGAAUAUCUGAAGAACCAGAAUUAAAAACAGCUGAACAAGACUUGGAGGAAUUAAUCUCGAAAAUUGAAGAAGAACUUUUUAAUCAAUUCAGUAAGGUUGAUCAGAAAUAUAAAACAAAGUAUAGAAGUUUAUUAUUCAAUAUAAAAGAUCCUAAAAAUUUAAAUUUCUUUAAGAAAAUUAUGUUUAAAUGGGUUACACCCUAUCAGUUGGUGCGUAUGACUGCUGACGAAAUGGCAUCUCAGGAACUAGCUGAGUGGAGAGAACGAGAAAACAAACAUCAAAUAGAAAUGAUUCGAAAAACUGAGUUAGAUAUGAUGAAUCAACCAAAAGCUUUACUAAUGAAGACUCAUAAAGGAGAAGAAAUCAUUGAAUCCAAGGAUAAUAAGGAAACAAUAGUAUCAGAACUAAAUCCUGACAUUAAAGUCGAAGAAAAGAAACCUCAGAUUUUAUUAAAAUUAAUUAAAGAAAAGAAAAAAAGCAAAUAUAAAGAAAGAAGUAGUAGUGGUGAACGCGAUCGUAGACAUCAUAAGUCUAGUAGAAAUCGUCACAAAUCACACAGGGAUAAAAAACGUAGAAGUCGUGACCGAAGCAGAGAUCUUAAAGAUAAAAAAGUUGAAAAAAAUAAAGUGAUUGAGACUGUAGCAGAACCAGUUACUAAUAACAUUGAAGGACGUAAAGAUGAAGAUAUUAGUGAUAGGGAACCAAGUUCAACUGUUGUUAUAGCUACUCCUCCUCGGGUGGAAGAAGAAAUUGGCCCUAUAUGGAAAGGAACCAUAAAUUUCACUGAUGUUGCGCGUUGUAAUGUAACAAUGUCUCGAUUAUCUGGUAAUGUAAUUGGAUUGGAGGCAGAACUUACUUUAACAGUUCUAGAAUGUGUUGGUCGCAUCAAACAACAAACUGUUUGGGAAUAUAUGGGUAAAUUGAAAAAAACUGGAACUAAAGAUAUUAUUGUAACAAAGUUAUCAGCUGGUGGAAUGGAACAACAAAUGUCCUACCUGAGCCUCUAUCAAUACCUAAGUGCUAAAAACCGUAUAGCAGUUAUUGAUAGCAAACCAUUUCCAAACAUAAAAGAUUUUUAUCUAUAUCCUCUUGGGAGUCAUAGUCCUAUUCCUCAGGUACUAUUGCCAUUAGAUGGCCCUGGUAUUGAUGAUUAUAGAACCCAUUUGUUACUGGGUAUAAUAGUACGAAAUUCUAAGAAACAUUGGGUUCCAUCUUGGAAACAGCCUGAAAAUAACUAUAUUAAUGACACUUCGGCUUUACCUCAUCUUAAACCUGCUUUUCCAACAUCUAAUCAAGACAGUUAUUCACCAAAAGAAAGUUAUACUCCACCGAGAUCUCCAACAAACAAAAUUCUCAGUUUACCAACACCAGUCUUACCACUAUCUUCAGUUUUGACUGAUGAUGACUUGCCUUAUAUACCAGGAGAAGAAGAACCAUACUCACCAGUAGAUGAAGAUGUGCCUAGCUUAUCUGAUGACAUGAACACAGCUUCAAGCAUUGAACAACAAAUGGAAGAAUUAACCAGAAAAAUUGAAAAAGAAAAAUUAGUUAUACAAAUGAUGACUGCCGGUUCUCAAAAUUCCAUUCUUAUUGAUGAUGAUUCACAAGAUCUAGAUGAAGAAGUCUAUAGUCCUACAAGUGAGCUGGCCCCACUGACAUCUGAAAUUCAACUGCCUAGUAAUAUUAAAGAUAUACUUUCUUCCAUUAACACGAAAGAAUUACCUUCAACUGAGGCGGAAAACUCUAAAAUUACUACAGAUGUUGAAAAGAAAUGCAGAGACCCUCGCCAACGAAUUUCAGCAGCUGAACCUCCACCACCUGGCCUUGAAGAUGAGUUUACAACACCUUGUAAUCCUGACAUAAGUUUACCUCCACCCAAUUUCCCAACUCCUUACAUGCAACCACCUAUAAAUUAUAUUGCACCUAUUCCUUAUCCUUAUCCUCCACCUGGGUAUAUGCCUGAUGCUUACCCUAAUCAAUAUGGACCUCAGCAACCACCUCCACCUCCACCAAAUAUGGUCUUAGAUCAAGGAAAAUAUAACAAUUAUAAUCAACCUGGUUAUGCUUACAAUACAGCACAAUACCAACCACCUCCCCCACCAUCUUAUCCAAAAACUAAAAAAGGAUCAGGAUUUUGGGGCCACGGUAGUUCCAAACAUGAACCAAAAAAGAAAAAAUUUAAAAAAUCAGGUGAUCGGAGAGAUAAAGGUUCUUGGAGACGUAUGUAGUUGUUUCCUAAAUAAUUUUUAUGUUCUUGGAUCGUGUUUUUAUUAAAUCUAUGUUUUACAUGUGCAACUUAUUUUAUUUACUUUGAUAUUGUUAAGAUUUUUUUUAAAAUAUAUUUUACACAUUUUCUUAUAUGUAAACCUUACAUGUAUUUAUGUUAUUCAUAUAAAAUUGUUAUAAAUUUUAUUGUAUUUAUAUAUAGCUUAAGAAUUAAUAAAUUUAAAUGUACAUAAAUAAUGUGAAUUUGUUGUGCGGGCACUUUACAAGUGGAAUAUAAUGUUACAUUAUUUUAAACAAUUAAAGUGUACAACUUUUAUACAUUAAGAUAAUACUGACACUUAAUUAUGUUUUUAAAACACACUAAAUAUAAUUAUCGAUGUUAAUUUUCUCAAUAAAGUUAGAUAAUGUGGACGUGUGGCUUCAUUA